CAAAAGUCAAAAUACACAUGUUUUAUAUUUUUAACUUUAAGAGCCUCUUAAAAAUUUUACCAAAAAAAUGAAGUCUUCUCAGCUAACUUUUGAUAACAAGAUUAUUUUAGCCCCUAUGGUAAGAGUUGGAACAUUACCAAUGCGACUACUUUCCUUAGAAUAUGGAGCAGACAUUGUAUAUUCUGAAGAAUUGAUUGACUGGAAAUUUCUAAAAUCUGUAAGAAGGGAAAAUGGUGUCUUAGGAACCAUCGAUUACCUAGACCCAACGGAUGGGACUGUAAUAUUUCGUACAUGUGCCAAAGAAAAACAAAACGUUGUUGUUCAGUUAGGCACCAGCGAUCCAGAUCGAGCUUUAAAAGUUGCAAAAUUAAUUGAGAAUGAUGUUUCCGGAAUUGACAUCAACAUGGGUUGCCCGAAAGAAUUUUCUCUAAAAGGUGGCAUGGGUGCAGCGUUAAUGACGCAAAAAGAAAAGGCUAAAAAAAUUCUUUCUACUUUAGUUGAAAAUGUAAAAAUUCCGGUAACUUGUAAAAUAAGAGUUUUUGAAAAUAUUGACGAUACGUUAACCUUAGUUAAAGAAUUAGAAGCCACUGGAAUAAAAGCCAUAGCUGUUCAUGGGAGAACAAAAGUAGAACGACCACAGCAUCCCAAUAGAAAUCAUGUAAUUAAGAAAAUUGCAGAAACUUUAAAUAUACCAGUUAUUGCUAAUGGAGGAUCCCGUGAAAUCGAAAACUAUCGUGAUCUGUUCAAGUUCAAAGACGACUGUGGAUGUAGCAGUGUCAUGGUAGCCAGAACAGCCCAGUACAACUGUUCAAUAUUCAGAAAAGAUGGAAUGAAAGCUAUGGAUGAUGUUAUUGUGCAGUAUUUAAAAAAAUGCGUCGAGUACGAUAAUUCACCGAGUAACACUAAAUAUUGUGUGCAGAACAUGUUGAAGGAGUUACAAGAAACCCCUAGAGGAAAAAGAUUUCUAGAAUGUCAAACAUUAGAACAAAUAUGUAACAUAUGGAAUUUAGGCGACUACUGUCGUCAAAAGCAACUGGAAUACCAAACGAAAGGAAAUUUCGGUCGAAGGGAAAUAAUGCCUGAACUUUUAGACCCACAACGUAAAAAACAGAAAACAAUAUUCGAUAAUGAAAACAUAGACGUGUGUUUAAACUGCGCUUUCAUUAGGGCAAAUUACACAGAAGAUCCAAAAUUACCAAAAUCGAGAUUGAUGUCUUACUGUGGGAAAAACAAACUUAAAAGUCCAAAAUACAAAGUGUUCAAUGAGGACAAAUUAUUCAGAGCUAUUGUUACCAUAGAAGACAAAAAGUAUAGUUCUUCGUAUUGGGAGAAAAAUAAAAAGUUUGCAGAACAAGGAGCAGCGCUUGUCGCUUGUGUGUCAAUAGGUUUAAUUGAUAAGUGCGAUUUAAUCAAAGAUGGAAGUAUUUUAGAAUAAAUUGAAUACUAGGAAUUAAGAGUAUAUCUUCCUGUUUUCUACUCCUUUUGGCCACCCAAUACUUGCUGGCCAAAGUAUUUUGGAACUAGAGGAAAUUUCAUAAAGGUUUUUGUGUUAUUAGUC